AUGUUUUUGAAGCCAUUUAUCGUGAGAUCGAACACCCAGAUAAAAGCCUCUGAAAAAAAGCAACUGUUAAAUUCAUUCUAUGGCCAGUACAAAAUAGAUCAUACAAAUCUUUUGGAUGCUUUUAAAACAAAAGAUGUUCAUCGCCUAAAAGUUAUAACUUCAUCUGAAGUAAAGGUGAAUAUAUACAAAUUUGGAAGUGUUCCUCUGAUUAUCGAACAUGAAAAAGACUUACUUCCUACGGUGUAUCUUCUUUGGCAUUUACCUGAUAUUCUUCCACAUUUCAAAGUGCAUGAGAAUUUGAUUUCUGUCCUGAUAAAUGGAGCUGAUCUUAUGCUUCCUGGCGUAGUUACUGAUGGUCCCCUUCUACCAGAUACAUUUAAUAAGAUAGAAAAGGAUGUUUUAUGCUGUAUUAGUACAACUUCCAAUCGUGCACCAAUAGCUGUUGGGCGAACAGCGAUGUCUAAUUAUGAUAUGUAUAUGAGUGCUGGGAGAGGAAGAGCUGUAUCAGUACUUCAUGUCAUGGGUGAUCACGUGUGUUCUCUAGCAUCAUCUGUUACUCGUCCUAUCCUACCAUGGCUUGUGACAGAGGAAGAUAAGCCUAAAAUGAAUGAGAAUUGUGAGGUAGCAUCAGGCAAUGGUAGCAAUGAGCAGCAGUCACAAGUAGAUUCGUGUCAACACUCUACAUCUGGUGAUGGAGAUGUUAACGAAGAGCUGAAUAAACUUACUAUUGAACAGUCUGCAGCAGAACCACAACUACCUACAGAUCACGAUGCAGUUUUGCGAGAGUGCUUUCUAAAAGGUCUUAAGGUGAUCAAAGCUAACCAGUUGCCAGUACAAGUCAACAUUUUCUAUUCUCAAUUCGUUUUAGUACACAAACCUCCUUCAAUGGAUCUGGAUAUUAAGAAAACAAAAUUUAAAAAGGUCGGUGUAUUUUUGAAAGCAAUGCAAGAUGAAGGUUUCGUUGAAAUCACUGAACCUAAACCAGGUGUAUUAACGUUAAAUAAAAUCAAUAAAGAUCACAUCGAGCCAGGUGAAUCAAUAAGUCAGUCAGAAGCUCGAAAAUCUCUAGAUAACUAUGUCCGGAUGCAUAAGCUGCAGUCUACUGAGGAUCCGAGCAUGAUUUGUCUUGAUCAAUUAUUGAUGAAAAUAUGCGAUUCAAAAACGUUUGUAGAGUCUAAUGCCAGCACUAUUGCGAAUCCAGUUUUCCACAUCAGUUUUCGGGAUUUUAUUUCACAAGCUUUGAAGAAUUUAUCGCCUGCAUAUCGUAUAAGUUAUCCAGAUUUGUCUCCUCCUGUGAUUUGGAAUAAGAAAGAACCGCCGUAUAUUCACUUAUAUACUGUUACAAAAGCUGGAAAGAAAUUGACUAGGAUAGCAGAUUUAGAAAUUUUCCACAUUAAUCCAGAUACAUUUUCAAAACACCUGAAAACAAGUUUGGCCUGUUCAGCUGGAAGGACAGAAGACCAACAAUAUCCGAAUAAAAUUGUUAUUCAAGCACAAGGUGUACACCUUGCAGCAAUCUCUAAAUUGUUGACAGAAUCUUACGGAAUACCAAAACGAUACAUUAAAGGCUACACAGAACCAGACAAAAAGAAGUAG